AUGGCUGGCAUAUGGUACUCUCUUCUACUUCAGGCCAGUUUUGUACUGGCCAAGAAUGUCCUUAACGGAGGUGGAAAAAUCAACCCAAUCGAUGAAGAACCAAUUGACGAUUCCCCCGAUAUCAAUUUACCUGAUGAUAACAAUUUGGAGGAUGUUAAUCCGGUUGCUGAAGAAAUCUUUUCAUCGUGGGCGUUGUUUAUUGUUUUAUUCCUACUUUGUUCGGCAUUAUGGUCUUCAUAUUAUUUACAACAAAAAAGAAUAAAAGCCAUCCACGAGACCGUCCUAUCUAUUUUCUAUGGUAUGGUAAUUGGCCUAGUUAUAAGAGUCUCUCCUGGACACUACAUUCAAGACGCAGUCAAAUUUAAUUCAAGUUAUUUUUUCAACAUAUUGCUACCACCUAUCAUCUUGAAUUCCGGUUAUGAGUUACAUCAAGCUAACUUUUUCAGAAAUAUUGGUUCAAUCCUAGUUUUCGCCAUCCCUGGUACCUUUAUAAGUGCCAUGGUUGUUGGGAUAAUAUUAUUCAUUUAUACAAAACUGGGUAUUGAAAGCAUACAUAUAUCUUUUGUUGACGCUUUGGCAGUGGGUGCCACUUUAUCGGCAACAGAUCCCGUCACAAUUCUCUCUAUCUUCAAUUCCUAUAAGGUGGAUCCUAAAUUGUAUACCAUUAUUUUCGGGGAAUCCUUGUUAAACGAUGCUAUAUGUAUUGUUAUGUUCGAAACCUGCCAACAAUUCCAUGGUAAGCAUGCUGGUCUUUCAUCGAUUUUUGAAGGUAUUUCUUUAUUCUUGGUUACUUUUACUGUAUCCACUUUAAUUGGUCUAGUUUGGGGGGUUUUAAUUGCCCUAGUAUUGAAACAUUCUCAUAUUAGAAGAUACCCUCAAAUUGAAACUUGUCUAGUACUACUAUUUGCGUACGAAUCCUAUUUCUUCUCAAAUGGUUGCCACAUGUCGGGUAUUGUUUCUCUAUUAUUCUGUGGUAUUACGAUGAAGCACUAUGCUUAUUAUAACAUGUCACGGCGUACCCAAAUAGCAACAAAAUAUGUCUUCCAGUUAUUAGCACAAUUAUCAGAAAAUUUUAUCUUUAUUUAUUUAGGUUUAUCUUUAUUCACUGAGGUUGAGCUAAUUUUCAAACCUCUUUUGAUUAUUGUCACGUUUGUUAGUAUCUGCGUUGCAAGAUGGGCGGCUGUUUUCCCUCUAUCAAGGUUUAUAAAUUGGUUUUCUCGUAAUCGGAAAGAAGCUCGUGGUCUCACUUCUCUGUCCACUUUACAAGAUGAAAUUCCUUAUAACUAUCAAAUGAUGCAAUUUUGGGCAGGAUUGCGUGGCGCUGUUGGUGUUGCACUAGCGAUGGGAUUACAAGGAGAAUCUAAAUUUGCAUUACUAGCUACAGUGUUGAUUGUUGUUGUUUUAACUGUGAUAUUAUUCGGUGGUACUACCGCUGGUAUGUUGGAAAUGUUAAAUAUCAAAACUGGGUGUAUAGAAGAAGAUGUUAGUGACGAUGAGUUUGAUAUUGAAAUGCCACCUCAUCAACCUAACUCACACAAUAUUGGCUCUUCUUCUAAUGUCGAUUUAGAUUCAACCAAGUACUUUGAUCAUGCUACAUCGAAGAACAGAACCAGACAGCCAUCAGAAGACGAAGCUGAUCCUUCCGCUUACAUUGAAAUGAAUAAUACUAAAUCACCAGAUUUAAACGGAGCCUCACCUGUGAAUAAGACAAAUAACAAUGAUUCUUCAUCGGGUAUGAAUUUAAGUGAAAUAUUCAGUGUUGACGAACAUGCUAAAUGGUUUACCAACUUUGAUAGAAAUGUUUUGAAACCUGUGUUAUUAGACUCAACGCCAAAUAGGGCGGAUACAAAUGGAGACAAUGAAUAA